UCAGUAUCUCAUCUUCCUUUAUCUACAAUAUAUAAACCCUCUCUCCUCUCAUCCUUUCUUCUUCGAUUUAGAGAGAGACCACAAAUUUACGCAAAAGAUGUCUUCUUCUUCGUUUCUCUCAUCCACCGCUUCCUUCUUUCUCCUUAUCCUUUAUCUUCUGGGUUCUUCCCAAGUUUCCGAUGGAGCUCAACAGUCGACAUACAUCGUUCACAUGGCCAAAUCUCAGAUGCCAUCAAGCUACGAUCUCCACUCUCUCUGGUACGAUUCCUCUCUCAGAUCCGUCUCAGAGUCCGCUCAACUGCUCUACACCUACAACAACGCGAUUCACGGAUUCUCCACUCGUCUAACUCCCGAGGAAGCCGACUCGCUCAUGACUCAGCCUGGCGUCAUCUCUGUUCUCCCCGAGCACCGUUACGAGUUACACACGACUCGGUCCCCGCUCUUCCUCGGCCUCGACGAACACAACAACGCAGAUCUCUUCCCUCAAACCGGCGCAUCCAGCGACGUCGUCGUCGGGGUUCUCGACACCGGAGUCUGGCCGGAGAGCAAAAGCUUCUCCGACAACGGCUUCGGUCCGGUUCCUUCGACGUGGAAAGGCGGGUGCGAGGCUGGGACUAACUUCACCGCCUCCCUCUGUAACCGGAAACUAAUCGGAGCUAGAUUCUUCGCUCGCGGCUACGAAGCGACGAUGGGACCAGUCGACGAAUCCAAAGAAUCAAGAUCUCCUAGAGACGACGACGGUCACGGAACGCACACGUCCUCAACCGCCGCCGGAUCCGUAGUGGAGGGAGCUAGCCUCCUAGGGUUCGCUAGCGGAACGGCUCGCGGGAUGGAUCCACGCGCUCGCGUAGCGGUUUACAAAGUUUGUUGGUUAGGUGGUUGUUUCAGCUCAGAUAUUUUAGCUGCGAUUGAUCAAGCCAUUGAGGAUAACGUGAACGUUUUGUCUAUGUCUCUCGGCGGUGGGAUGUCUGAUUAUUAUAGAGACGGUGUUGCUAUUGGAGCAUUCGCGGCCAUGGAGAGAGGUAUAUUCGUUUCGUGCUCUGCUGGUAACGCUGGUCCAAGCCCUUACAGUUUAUCCAACGUAGCUCCUUGGAUCACCACGGUUGGUGCUGGUACGUUGGAUCGUGAUUUUCCAGCGAUUGCGAUUCUAGGCAACGGGAAGAAUUACAGCGGAGUUUCUUUAUUUAAAGGAGAUGCUCUUCCGGAUAAGUUGUUACCGUUUAUUUACGCGGGGAAUGCGAGUAACGCUACUAAUGGGAAUCUAUGUAUGACGGGGAGUUUGAUUCCGGAGAAAGUGAAGGGGAAGAUUGUUAUGUGCGAUAGAGGAGUGAACGCUAGGGUUCAGAAAGGGGACGUGGUGAAAGCUGCUGGUGGUGUAGGUAUGAUCCUGGCCAAUACGGCGGCUAACGGAGAGGAGCUUGUGGCGGAUGCGCAUAUGUUACCUGCGACUACAGUAGGAGAGAAAGCUGGCGAUAUCAUCAGGCGCUACGUCUUGACAGAUCCGAAUCCCACCGCUUCGGUUUUGAUCCAAGGUACCGUGGUUAACGUCCAGCCGUCUCCCGUGGUUGCUGCGUUCAGCUCGCGAGGGCCUAACUCGAUUACUCCCAACAUUCUCAAACCUGAUUUGAUCGCGCCGGGAGUCAACAUCCUCGCCGCGUGGACCGGAGCCGCGGGACCUACGGGACUUCCUUCCGAUCCUCGCCGCGUGGGAUUCAACAUCAUCUCGGGGACGUCGAUGUCUUGCCCUCACGUCAGCGGUUUAGCGGCUCUUCUCAAGUCGGCGCAUCCCGAGUGGAGUCCGGCGGCGAUUAGAUCGGCGCUCAUGACCACCGCGUACAGAUCCUACAAAGACGGGAAACCGAUCCUCGACAUCGCGACGGGGAAGCCUUCGACGGCGUUUGAUCACGGUGCGGGAUACGUGUCUCCGACGAUCGCCACCAAUCCAGGACUCGUUUACGAUCUAACGACGGUGGAUUACUUAGGUUUCCUCUGCGCGUUGAACUACACGUCGUCGCAGAUCAGAAGCGUUUCGAGACGCAAUUUCACUUGCGAUCCCUCCAAAACGCACUCAGUCGCGGAUUUAAACUAUCCGUCCUUCGCCGUUAACGUUGACGGAUCCGGAGCGUAUAAGUACACGCGUACUGUCACGAGCGUUGGAGGAGCUGGGUCCUACAAGGUUAAAGUCAUUUCGGAGAGUACAGCAGUCAAGAUUUCGGUUGCACCGGCGGUUUUGAAUUUCAAAGAAGUUAAUGAGAAGAAAUCGUAUACGGUGACGUUUACCGUAGACUCUUCUAAGGCGUCUGGAUCUAGCUUCGGGAACAUUGAAUGGUCAGAUGGGAAACACGUGGUGGGUAGUCCCGUGGCGAUUACCUGGACGUAGUGGUUAAUUAUGACAAAAUUAAUGGGGUUUUAUGGGAAGAAGAAAGUCACAGAUAUUGUCUGCCGUUUGUUAUAAGAGCUUUGUUUAGCAACAACAGCACGCAGUCUUGGCUUAUCUAGUUUGCUUUUGGAACUCUUGUCGUUGUGUUUUCUCUUUGCUAUUUAAAGAAAUGAAAUCUUCUCCGGCCGUAAGGAUAGCUGGGUUGGGUCUUUUAGCUGUUUUAUCAUGUGACUUGAAUAUUUAAACGAAAAGUAAAAUGGUUGAACUUUUUA